AUGGCUGCCGCUUUGAUGGACAACCAUCACCGCUUAGACCAUGGCGGCUGUGUGAUAGGCACAGUCGCCGACGCGACUGGAGGCGAUCACGACGCGAGCGAUGGCGCGAGAAGCGGGUAUCUGCAGCGGUUCAGCAGCAUCAGCAGCAGCUUCGCGCGUUCCAAGGCGGCUCGAAGCAACGCAGGGAACAGCAACAACAGGAGGAGCCGUUGCAGCAGCAUCGGUGGCGACUCGCUGGCGGACGGCGACGGGGCCUACGACGGCGCGUUUGUCGACUGUGCGACGAGCGACAGCGGAAAGAGUCGCACGGGCGACGGGAGCCACGAGCGACAGCGGAACUACCUCGCGACGGAAGGUUUCGAUGUUAAUGCGGGAGGAAUCGUGGACGCGCCGCAGUCGGCAGUCGACUUUAAAGACGCGUCCGAACGUGACGUGGUCGGCGCGGCCGGCGCGCUUCUUGAUUAUGAUGAUUCUAGAGAUGAGUCCUUCAAGUCAGCCGUGUCGCACUCCUCGCAGCCGUCGUUCGGGUCGUGCACCUCCUUCCAGUCGCGCACGUCGCUCGGAUCGCACAUGUCGCACGUGUCGCAGGGGUUGCAGGGGUCGCAGGGGUCGCGACGGAGCAGCGGCGCGGUUUCGGUGAAGAAGAUACGCGCCGCUAAAGUACUGAACUACGGCAAUGAGGACCCCCAUGUUUCCACCAUUCCCGAGUUCGCGGAGUGGAAUUGCCCCCCAGAGCCCUCCGCUUCCGAUUCCGCCCAGGCGCGCGCCAAGCGCUCCUCCGCGCUCUCCCGCCUCAAAGCGCGCCUGCACCGUUCGGGCGGGUCUGGCGACGCGGAGACAUCGGCGGAGAAACAGGAGAAUCCGCCGCCGCAGCAGCCGCAGGAGAAACGGGGUUAUAAGUACACUGCACAGUUUAAAGAGCGGUACGAGCAGGUGAAGGACCGCAGCAAGUUCGACUGGCAGGGCGAAUACGGGAACUGCAAUAGUGCGUACGGGGCUAGCUUGUGCGAUGGGAACAGCACGCGGUACGAUGGUAGCAGCAUAGGUGGGGGCGGUAGCGUGUGCGGGGAAGAUGUUGGGGUUAAUAACCCGUCAGCAUCCGCAGCAGCAGCGCACGCGGCACCAGACGCUGUAGCAGCUCCAGCAGCAGUUGCAACAACAGCAACAUCAGCAUCAGCAGCUACAGCAGCAGCGGCGGCGGCGGCAGCAGCAGCUUCCCUAAUGCUGGAUCUUUCCCAGUGCGAGCAUUCUGAGCUGGCCGAAGCGCACAAUAGCGGGGAUGGCGGCGGUGGCAAGGGGGAAUGCGACGGUGAUAGCAGGGCAAUGGCUGUGGCGCCAACGUCAGCAAUAACACCAGCAGCAGCCGAAGCAACAACCGAAGCAGCAGCAGCAACAGCAGAAUCAGAAGCAGAAGUAGCUGCAGCAAUGGAGGCAGCUGAGGAGAGUGAACCCAGUGAGCGUCAAGUCAUUCCGGCCAGAUUCUAUGGAACUUCCCGAUUCACUGCAAUGUUUUCUCAGCGGGCUGCUCGGCGCAGAAACGAAAAAGCAGCAGCAGCAGCAGCAACAGCAGCCCCUGCUGCUGAGACAGACGAUGUUACUGCUGCCACCUCCAUCCCUCAAUCCCCCACCACUGCCUACACUACAUCCUCAAUUCCCACAGCUUCCCCCAAUGCAGCUAUCCCUGCUGCUGUGUCUCCUACCGCUGUGAGCAUGUGCACUCCCACCAGUGCUUCCACUGGCAAGGGCAGCAGGCUGGACCGCUCUGAUACCAGUGAGCCCAGCAGCAGCCGCAACAGCAGCAGCAGCAUCAGCAGCAGCAGCCUCGCCAGCACCAAGCUACGCGAGGGGAGCACUGGUACCGAAAAGUUGGAUUCUAUCCCAGCAGGGCCAGCAGCUGCUUGCACUGAGCUCACAGCGAGUCAGAGUCAGAAGAACGGUGGCCGCCGGAGCAGCAGCGGCAGCAGCCCUUUUGAGAACAUGGCUUGGCCCACUCCUCAGCCGAAGCUGGCUGCUCGGAUCAGCAGGGAGAAGAAGCGAGCCAAGUUGCAGGGGCUAUGGGCACUGUUCCAACGAAUGCUUUGA